CCGGAACAGAACAGAGCAUUCGCAUUUCUUCGGUUCGCUUAUACUUCCAUCAGUUCAGUCCCGGGCGCCGCGCCGUAAAAGACAGGUCGAAGAAUUCUCAUGGUGUACAGUUCGACAAAUGCUCUAAUAUGUUUCGACCGGUCACUCCUUUCUGCGCUACUCUCAUUGGUCUUCUUGCCAUUUCACGAUCGGCUGAGGCACACCGAGAGUUCGGGUACAAUGGAGCUCACGGUCCAUCGCAUUGGGGUGAUGAUUAUCAAACUUGUAUAGGAAAACAUCAAUCUCCAAUUAAUAUAGAAGAACAUGAUGUUAGGAAUGCCAGUUAUUCAUCUUUAGAAUUUUCAGGGCUUGAUGUACCUCGUACAUCUCAAAUUACGAAUAACGGUCAUACUGUUAUGCUAGUGAUGAACGUGUCGGUACCAGCACGUAUUUUUGGAGGACCUCUUGCCAAUGGAACUUAUGUUUUUGAACAAAUGCACUUCCAUUGGGGAGAAAAUGACACUGAGGGAUCCGAGGAUCUCAUAAAUAACCAUUCUUUCGCCAUGGAACUCCAUGCUGUAUUUUUCAAAGAAGAUUAUAGGUCAAUGACCGAUGCUAUCCACCAUUCUGAUGGACUUGCUGUGCUUGCUUACUUUUUCGAGGCUGACGACGAACCAAAUCUCGCUUAUGAUCAAAUCGUUACAAUUCUACCACGCGUGGAAGCAGUAGACUCAAAAGAUGUUUUCACAGAUCCAUUACGGCUUGAAGAUUUUUUGAAACCAAAAGAUUUAAACCUACAAAAUUAUUUUACAUACAGUGGAUCCCUGACAACGCCACCUUGCUCUGAAGUCGUUACGUGGAUUGAUUUCAAGGAACCACUUCGGUUAUCCCACAAACAGAUUGCAGCUUUCCGAGGGAUAAGCAGUGCAGAAGGUCAGAAACUAACUCACAAUUUCCGACCUGUUCAGCCUCUAGAAGAUAGAAUAGUGUAUCACAACAUCCCUGCUUAUCAAAUGAAUCCGGAUAAUGAACUUCAAAAUCAUAUUAGUCAACACCAUCGUCUAGAAAAAAUAGAUCAUUCGGGACAGAACAAAAUUAGCGCAUCUGUCUUCCUCAUUUUCCUCGCACUCAGUAUUCAUUUAAAGUGAAGAUUUUUUAUUAAAUCUAUUCACUAAUUCGCCACAUACCUCAUCAUUCAGUUUUUUACUAUUGUGAUAUUAGGGAUCAUUAUUAUGAUAAUCUUUUUACGCAGCCAUUACAUUACAAUUUUUUUGAGAUCUGCUAAUAAUCAUUUUUUCUAAAUCUAGCAAAUUACUAAGAUCUGUGG